GUAUCAUCGUCAGAUACUCGUGUAUAUAAUCAGCUGUACAACAGUCACACUCUCACAACAUCCUCCUCAUCCUCCCGUCAUGGCAGUGAUACCAUUAGUGCUGGUGAGUCUUGCUGCAUUGGCAGUAGCAGAGCCCCCCGUUCCCCAGGGUCUGUCUGCCCAAUAUGGGGUACCAGGAAGGUUUGGAGGCGGUUCCGGACAAGGAGGAUACCCAUCCGGCGGCCCGGGAUCCGUUGGAGGCCAGGGAGGAUACCCAUCCGGCGGCCCGGGAUCCGUUGGAGGCCAAGGAGGAUACCCAUCUGGUGGUCCGGGGUCCGUUGGAGGCCAAGGAGGAUACCAAUCCGGCGGUCCAGGCUCCGUUGGAGGCCAAGGAGGAUACCCAUCCGGCGGUCCGGGCUCCGUUGGAGGCCAAGGAGGAUUUCAAGGAGGUCUCGGUGGCUUCGGCAGUGGUGGAGGCUUUGGAAAUGGAGGGGAAGGAAAUGAAGAGCCAGCUAACUACGAAUUCAACUACGACGUCGACGCUCCAGAGUACAACGUCAAGUUCGGUCACCAGGAGUCGAGACAGGGUGACGUAGCUCAGGGCAAAUACUACGUGCUGCUACCUGACGGUCGUACCCAGGUGGUAGACUACAUUGCUGACCAGGAUGGAUUCAGGCCCAAGAUUAGCUACGAAGAGGGUUAUGGAAGUGGAGGACCUGGUGGUGCAGGAUCUCUUGGAGGUGCUGGUGGAUACCCUAGUGGUGGCCCAGGUUCUCUUGGAGGUGCAGGUGGAUACUCAAGUGGUGGCCCAGGAUCUCUCGGAGGUGCAGGAUCUCUUGGAGGUGCUGGCGGAUACUCAAGUGGUGGCCCAGGAUCUCUUGGAGGUGCUGGCGGAUACUCAAGUGGUGGCCCAGGAUCUCUUGGAGGUGCGGGUGGAUACCCAAGUGGUGGUCCAGGAUCUCUUGGAGGAGCUGGAGGAUACUCAAGUGGUGGUCCAGGAUCUCUUGGAGGUGCGGGUGGAUACCCAAGUGGUGGCCCAGGAUCUCUUGGAGGCGCUGGUGGAUACUCAAGUGGUGGUCCAGGAUCUCUUGGAGGCGCUGGUGGAUACCCAAGUGGUGGUCCAGGAUCUCUUGGAGGUGCGGGCGGAUACUCAAGUGGUGGCCCAGGAUCUCUUGGAGGUGCAGGAGGUUACAGAAGAUAGUUGCAGAUUUCAACGUAGUAAAACUUUUAAUUUGUAUUUAAAAUGUAUUUAUUGUAUAUGUGAUUUUAUUUUAUUUAAUAAAUUAUUUGCAUGGCUUAA